CACCAAAGAUAUUGUAAAUGAAGGUUGAAUACGGUAUAAAGAGCUAUUGGCUAAUUUUAAACAAACAGUGUAUAUUACUUAGAUAAUGGACGCGCAACAACAAAAGUUGAGGACAACUAGCCUGUCGGAGACAUUCAAAUUAGCGCAAUCGGGGCACGAACGGGGCGAAAGCGGAGAGGUGUGUGGGUGAGUGGGAGGUGCGAGGGAUAGACGAUAGUCACGUUCUUUUUUGGUAUGUGCUAAAGCAAGCACGUUUAUUUUAAAGGUAUGCCCAGUCCAUAGUACGUAUAAUACGUCAAUGGUUUUGCCUCACACAAUCAACAAUUUUAUUCAACCUUGAUUAAAAUUGUCUGUAGACAAAACAUUGUUUCAUUACACAUUUAUGUUUGCACCAACAAUGUUUUUGCUUUUCAUGCCCGAUGGAAAACACGUACACAAAAUCUCUCUCACGUGGGUCAGGGGCAGAAUAUACGUACUGUCACAUCAAUCAUUUCACAUUUGUCAUUUUGACAAUUCGCUAGCUCGGCUUGUACCUACGUGUUUGUGUGUUUUGUUUGGCAGCAAGGUUUUAUUUAUUUCAUAGUCUUUUUGGUGGUGUAGUGCAAGUACAGAUGGAUUGGAAUAAAGAAACGAUCUUAAGCUUCAUUGGCUUUAUAAGAGAGAGACCUGCGAUAUGGAACACUCAAUCGCGGGAUCACAAAAUUAAAAACAAACGACAUGACGCCUUGGCAGAAGUGGCGAUGUUGAUGGGCAUCUCAAUAAAAGAAGUUAAUGUAAAAUGGACUAUUCUUCGAAAUCAAUUCAGCCGGGAAAAGAGAAAGAUGAUGGGCAGCAGCGCAGACUCGGUAUACAAAACAAAAUGGUAUGCAUACAAGGAGAUGGAGGAUUUAAUGUCAUGCAAUACACCAAUAGUUUACAUCAAUAAUAGUGAGAGAACUACAACGCCACCGCCGCCACAGAGAACUCCAACGCCCCCGCGUUUAUUAACUCAAGCACUACCAUCUAAGCCACCGCUACCAAAAAAGAAGAAAAGGGAAACAGAUGGCCAGAGUUCAUUUUAUAAAGAAGCAGUGGAAACAUUGAGAGUUAUUAGGGAAAGAAAAAAUAUCUCACAAAAUCCUGCUGAUGAUCUAACAAGUUUUGGGUUAUAUAUUGCAGCACGUUUACGACAAUAUUCACCACAUUUACAAUGUAAAGCUAGGUAUGAAAUAAAUAGAAUGUUAUAUAGAUUGGACAUACAAAGCCUGGAACCACCUACAGCUCUUGUUACUUCUGCUUCCAGCAUAGAUGAUAGUGAUAGUCCAUUUUCUCCAGAUUUCAAAACAACUUGGCUUUCAACAGCAGAUGAUCAAUAUGAAGAAAUGGAUAAUGAAAACUCCAUAACCCAUACUAGCGACAAUUAAGUAUCAACAGUACCUAUAUUUGCGAAGCCUAUAGGUGUGAGUCUCCUCCAGCUCCGCAAACAAAAAACAAUGAAACAUAGCACGAAAUUACUGAAACAGCAGAGAUAAAGCCGGGUCUCCAGCGCGUGUUUUGCACUACACAAUCAACAAAGACAAAGUUUAUUGGUCCAGGACAAAAACAAUACUUAAUGUUAACAUUCAACCAAAAUGGUCUAGAGCAAAACACGCACUGAAGACUCUGCUUAGUAGUAAAGGUAAAAAGUAAUGAGGUUAUUUUUCAGAUACUGGAAGUACCUACUGAAACAAACCAAGCUGUUAAAUAUUUGUUAACAUUAAAAUGUAACCAAAUAAAAACUUAUAUCAACCUAA